AGGCAUGUCGUUGCUCAUUCAAUAUGGGGUGUCCCAGCACAUUCGUGUCCUGAACCAUCGCCUUCCCACCCAACAUGAGCUAUCGAGGCGAUAGAGGACGCGGCCGUGGCGGCGGCGGAGACAGAGGCGGCUACAGAGGCGGCGGAGAUCGCGGUGGCUACCGCGGAGGUGGUAGAGGUGGGGGCGGAGGUGGAGGCGGAGGCGGUGGAUAUCGCGGUGGAGGCGGCGACCGCGGCGGCGGCGGCGGCUUCAGAGGCGGAGGCCGUGGUGGUGGUCCCGGAGCCAUCUUUGGGGGGCCGGCAUCAGUAGACGCCCGUCUCACCGACAACUCGCAGGACGAGCUGGUCGCCUCGCUUCAAAGCCUGUCCAUUCGCUCAAACGACAUGCCCGUGCGGCCUGACUUCGGCACCAAGGGGCGCCAGGUCACCUUGCGAUCCAACUUCUUCCCCGUCAAGGUCCCUAAGCGCCCGCUCUACGAGUACGAUGUGCGGAUUACACCUGUCGCUGGCACGGCCAACCGCCGCGUCAAAAAGCGCAUCUUUCAGCUGGCCGAGCAGCGCCCCGAGUGGGCCUCGCUUGGCCUGCGGAACAACGUUGCGCACGACGCGUCGAACCGCAUGAUUGCUGCUAAGCGCCUGAAGGAGCCCAUCGUUAUUCGUGUCCCAUACUACGACGAAGAUGAAGCAGGACCGCGGGCAGGUGGGAAGGAGUACACCCUCACUAUCGAGUUCAUGCAGGAGAUCGACACUUCCCACCUUCACAACUACCUGGCAGGCCAGCCGAACUACCGAGGCUACGACGUCCUUCCCAUCAUCUCGGCUCUCAACAUUGUGCUGUCGGCCUAUGCGAACCGCCCGGGUGGCGGUGUGCUGGUUGGCCGCAACCGGUUCUUCUUUAAGGACCAGGCUAUACAGCCUUUCGACCUGGGAGGUGGUCUUGAAGCAUGGAAGGGCUUUUUCACGUCCGUUCGUCCAAGCCACCACCAGCUUAUGGUAAACGUGAAUGUAUGCACUACCGCUUUUUACAAGGAGGGCUCGCUCGAUAGGGCGAUGAUCGAAUUUAAGGACGCCAGCUUCGGCGCUCGUCCCUCUGUGUUCGUCAAGGGCCUCCGUGUCAUCGCGACCCACCUAGGAUAUCGCAAGACUAUCAAGGGCCUGGCCAAGGUGAACGCGAAGCAGCACAAAUUCCAGUGCGACGAGUUCAAAAAAGUCGUCACCGUGGAGGAGUACUUUGCUCGGAAGUACGGACGUCAGCUUAAGCACCCCGAGAUCCCGCUCGUCAAUGUUGGCUCUACGAAAGAAAAUUUGCUGCCUCCCGAGGUCUGCCAGAUUCUCCCCAACCAGGCCUUUAAGGGCAAGCUCCUCGACGAGCACACUGCGCGCAUGAUCACCGUCGCCGCCCUGCCACCCGCCAACAAUGCCUCUCUCAUUUCAAACACCGGGCUCUCCAAGCUCGGCUACGCGCCGAGCGACGGGCCCCUUAACGCCUUCGGCAUUUCAAUUGGGCGCGAGAUGACCGUUGUCCCUGGGCGCAUCCUGUCGCCGCCGAAGAUCAAGUACGGUCGGGGCGAGCCCGAGGUCGACGACCGCGCGAGCUGGAACCUGCGCAACGUGCGCUUCGCCAAGGGCGCGACGUUGCAGAACUGGGCGGUCGUGGUGCUGCACGAUCGGAGCCGGGACGAGUUCCAGAACAAGAACGACCCAGCGCUGAAGCAGGUGAUCGAUGGGUUUGUGAGCAUGUGCGCGACGAGCGGGAUGGUGGUGAAGCAGAAGAAUCCGCCGGUGUAUGAUAUCGGGCUCGUACCGAAGGAUCCAGUCGAUCCGACGCGCAAGAGCUCCAUCAACGCGAUUCGCAAGGGCUUGAUGGAGCAGGCGAGGCCGAAGCCUGCGAUCAUGCUCGUCAUCCUAGCCAACGGCGACAAGCAUAUCUACUCCGGUUUGAAGCACCUCUGCGACUCGUGGCUGGGCAUCGGCACUGUUUGCGUGCAGUCUGCGAAGAUCAGGAACCAGAAGGGUCAGCUUCAGUACUUCGCCAACGUCGCCUUGAAGUUGAACAUGAAGCUCGGUGGCAACAACCAUGGACUCGACCCCGCUAGCACCUCCUGGCUCAAGCAAGAGCCCACCAUGCUCGUCGGCAUCGACGUCACGCACCCGGGACCUGCGACGGUCAAGGGCACACCCUCCAUCGCGGCUGUUGUCGCGAGCAUCGACGACGCUUAUGGCCAGUUCCCGUGCAGUUUGGAGAUUCAGGAGUCCAAGAAAGAGAUGGUCACGGCACUGUCAAAGGCAAUGGUCGAGCGCUUGACGCUGUACAAGACGACGAAUGGCAAGCUACCGAGCCGCGUGCUGGUCUACCGCGAUGGUGUGUCUGAGGGCCAAUUUGCCACUGUCGUUGCAGAGGAGAUGCCCGAGAUCAAGGCGGCUUUCAAGAAGUUCGACACGGCGAGCGGGAAGUACAAUCCCAAGCUCACCAUUGUCAUCUGCGGCAAGCGUCACCACACCCGCUUCUACCCCACUAACUCCGACGGCGCUGACAACAAGGGUAACCCCAAGGCUGGCACGGUCGUCGACCGCGGCGUCACCGCCAUCUACGAGUUCGACUUCUUCUUGCAAGCCCACGGCGGCCUUCAGGGCACCACCAAGCCCACCCACUACUAUACCGUACACGACGAGAUGGGCUUCACCGCCGACGACCUGCAGACGCUCACUAACAACGUCUCGUACAUGUUCGCGCGGGCCACCAAGGCGGUCAGCCUCGUCAGCCCGGCGUACUAUGCGGACCUAGCGUGCGAGCGCGGUCGGUGCUACCUGCACCCGCUGCUGCAUGGGAUCAGCCGCAUUCCGCGGGCGACGGCGACGUCGGGUGGCUCGGAGCAGGAUGCGGAAGUGUUCAGGGAGGCGGAGGAGUUGUGGCAUGGGGGCGCAAAUCCGGCGCUCAAGAAUACGAUGUUUUAUCUGUGAUUGGCUGGGGAGGGGUUCAAGUGAGCGUCGCUGCUAACGCUUAUUUGUAUGUAACCUGAGUAUGUUUGCUGUCUCUUGCUCGUCUCGCAUAUAUGUCUGUCUCUUGUACUUAUAUUUACUGAUCACCCUCACGAUGCUCUGACUGCUUGGAUAUGUGCUAGCUUCUGUAUAGCUGUAUACUACUCUGCGUCUGAAUGUGAUAUGCAUGCACUUGCUCAAGUA